AAUGUGGCCGAACUUCCUUAGCUUUUAAUCGAUAACGGUCCAGCUUGACGCGAGCGAGAGAAAGCUACUCGCAAGCAGAUACACAAAAGGAGUGGAAGGACCCGCAGCAAUGGGAAUCAAACUGUACUACACCACCGUUACUGCCUCGCGGACGGUGAAGUCUCAGCAGGCAGAAGUGAUACGGAUCCUUGAAAGUAAAAGCAUCCAAUACGAGCUCAUCGACAUCUCUGUGGGCGGGGAACUUCGUGACGAAAUGAGAAGCAAAGCAGGGAACCCCACUGCAGUUCCCCCCCAGCUUUUCAACGAGGACCAAUACUGCGGGAACUAUGAAAUGUUUUCUGAGGCGGUGGAAGCUGAUACGGUGGAUCAAUUUCUGAAACUGGUGUGAGGAGGGCGGAGUGUAAUUCUCCAUCUUAACCCCAGUCCCCCAGUCACCUACGCCCUACGCCCUGUGCCCUAAUGGAGAGCCUUUAUCCAGUCUCUCUCUACACCACUGGCAGUGUCCACUCACUUUCAAUGCCAUAAUGAAGAAUGCCAAAUAUCUUAUAUCCAACUAAUCAGAAGACACACAUUCCCCCUACUGCACCAUUAGACUCUAAAUCAGUCUUAAUCUGUUUGAUUUUUAUGUGUUUUUUUCCUGUUCUUUCCUUUUGGUUUCUUUUAGACCAUCUCCCUGUCUGACAGACUAGUGUUACUAAGUGCUCCUUGUCCACUAGGAAUCAAUGAGGUGUCUAAAUGUGCGGUAAUUAGGUCCACUAAUCUUGGCUGUGGCCACAUGAUCGCUGGAGAUUAAACUAAUCCACUGGAUGACUGCAUUCAACCCAGAAUCCUUCUGAUCCGCUGCAGACCAAAUGCACCAUCAUCACUCAGUCUUAACUACUUUUGUCGUCUUUUUCUGUAGCCUUCAAGUUCCCAUGUUGUACAUGACUGCACACUAUUUGUACUGCACAUGGAUGCAAAUGCACACCGAAGUAGCAAGGAUUAUUAUGUCCUUAAACCCAAUUAAUAAACAACUAUAGUGGCUAAAGGACGCCUUUUGUGGCGUGGACAGCCUUUUGUAAUAUUGGUCCAUUGGUCACCUUAUGCAAUGUAUGACAAGGUUUGGUUGUGAAAUGGGAACCCGUUCUAGCCCUCUGAUGUCCUGUGCUGACCUGACCUGCUUCUAAGGGCGAUAAUGCCACCAGAACCCAAAAAAGUGUAUUUGAUUGACAAAUAUUUAAAAUACAAAUUACUUCAGCUAGAUGCUAGUACUUGUCUGUGCAUUAACAUUAAAUGUGUACCCUGUGGCACUAAAGCUAUUUUUACAUUCAAUGUUUCUCAACAAAACGCAUUGUCCUUGAGCUCUACCAAACAUGUUGAGUGCAUGUCCUUCCCUUCCUUACAUUUGCAAUGACGAUUUUAAAAAUAACUUUUAAAUUGUGCAAUGUUUACAUCCAUGUUUGCUAGCUUUGCAGUCAUCUUCCUCUCUGUCUUUUUUGAAGGGCCCAUGUGUAAAAACGUUUCUCUAUAGCGCUACUAGUGGUUAGAAACUCCACAGGGUACCUUUAAGCUGAAUUGGGUGAAAUCUAUUGAUAUUCAAAAUAGCCACAUAAUUGCACACAAAGAAUAUUUAGUUUUGUCAACAGUAUAUUGUGUAUUUUUAUUAUGGAAACUAGGUUAACACCAAAAGGUCUCAGUAGACAUUGCCAUCAGCCUCAGUGUCUUGUUUUUUUUUUGAUUCUACCACUGGGGACACCCAAGAAAUUAGUCAGAAUUUAGAAAUUUUCAAAUUGUGUACAUUGGGGCUUUAAGUAUUCCUUGGUGACAAGGGCCAUAGCUACAAUUUAGUACAAAGAGGUCAUGCCCCAUGUAUUUUGUCCCCCGAUUAGGGACCUGUGGGGGGGAAUUAACAUGCUGGAAUUGAACGUUAUAGGCUGAUCCAGUGAUCUAUGUAUUUACAUUUUAUGUUUUAUUUGGGAACCAAACACUCUCAUUAGACAUAUUAUAAUGGUCACCAAUGGGUCAAACAUAUUAAGAAAGUUGGUAUAAUCAGUGGUAGAGCACUUCAGUAGUUAGCUGCUUAAUUUUAGCAUCCAGUCGAGCAGGAUAAACACAUUUCUUAAUUCACAUUUGGUGCCAAUAUAUAUCUGUAAUGCGCUUUUGCAGGUGGAUAUUCACUGUAGUAUUAGCACUUUCCUGCCAUCUUCUACAUUUACCAUAAUCUGUUCAACUUGAAAGCUUGGUUCUUGGCGCAGAUAGGUGCUCUGUAUUGUUGGCUAACAGGGUAGGAAGGGAGCAUUUAAUGUGGAUUGUAGAUGAUUAGACUGAAAAGAUGUGAAUCUUCUGGCUUUCAACCAUGUAGCUUUCCAUUCCUCUGUUUAUUUUACGUUACAGUUUCACUGAUUGUUCUGGGCAUGAAGAUGCAGUAAUGUGACUAUGCACUGAAACCCUGCCUCAUUCUGAACACAGACAAAAAGGUCAAAGCUGGUGUGUUUAGGCUGACCUGACUUCUUACUAGCCUUAGGGAACACUCAACACAUGGGGAAAAUGAAGGCUUCACUUCUUUGUGCUUUUAUGUAUGCGCACUCAUUCAAUUGAUUGAUCUCAGUUGAAAUGUAAUGUUCAUGGAUUGGGUCCCUUGUGAGGUUUUUAAAAUUGCAAGCAACAUGGUUUCCCUCUCUUCCUCAUAUAUGUCAAACCCCACUGUUUUCAAAAUUGUGUUUGGGAUCCCUAGUCAUGACGGCCUUCACACACGAUGUUUGUGCGCUGUUUUGUAAGUCGAUGGUUGUUAGAUGUUUGCCUAAUAUUGAUGUAUCUUCACUAUCAAUCAUGUUUUAGACAUUCCAUGUCUCUCUCUGAGAUCCUGCUUUGCUUUUGGACCAAUUCCCCUUGGCCAAAAAAAGAAGAAAACAGGGAAUCAAAUGCUGUGUGUCUUCCAAGAAGAUUGUGAAAAGUGAUUUAUGGGUUAAAAAAAUAAAAUGGAGUUGAAUCUA